AUGGUGACAUUACCCAGCAGUAGUAGCAAAUCGGAAUUUCCCAACAAUAAAAUAUCCAGUUAUAAGAUUCGUCUACCUUACCCAUUGGAAUUGAAUGGAAAAUGGGAAGUGGGAUUGAGUAGCAUCACUCUACCCGACACGUACCUGGAAAUGAGUAUAUUGAAAGACUUGAACACGUUUGAACUAAAAACUGUCAGAAAUUACAUUGGAAACAACGUGGAAGAACCUAAAAACAAUACAGCCAUUUUGACUGUCACUUGCGCAAUCAAACUAUUGAGAGGUGCGUUUCCUGGAAUAAAAAAUUUUAUAUUGUAUGUGAAGUACGACGAUAUCAAACAUUCAAAUGUCAUCACGGAUGGAAUUAGCUUUAUGAAAGUGGUGAUAAACAAGUAUGAAAACUUUUCAUGCAACGAAGAACGAAUUAUGAUGAAGGUCCAGGAAAUAAUACUUGACUAAAAGAAAGUCAGACUACGUUAAAUACUGACCAGAAGACCAAGGGAAUUUUUUACUUCAAAUGGGAAGGAGACGAGCUGGUCUUAGACAACAAAAACUCUCCAAAUAACGAGAAACCAGUACAUCCUUACAUGUUCGUGAUUUGGAAUAAAGAUUUGGCUUUGAAAAUGGGAUGGAUUACACCAUGGCCAGAGAAGAACUCGUACAGACUUGGACCUAAUCUCAUACCGGAAAGCCAUGCAGAGUACGGAUGUGCCUCUGUGGCCCACGAUCUGAUGUUCAGACCCAUGCCAACCGACAAACCUAACAGUUUUGACAUGUCUACCCUUCAGUAUUACUUUCACCUCGAUGAAAAUGAAGAACAAGUGUAUCUCAGUGCGGAAUGUAAUUGGAGAUUAAAAAAUAUCAACAAAGCCUUUGACCACAUGAUAGGAAAGACUGCACAGAGUUUUUUCGUGUACUCAGACGUGAUGAUGAGUGGCAUAGUAGAAAAUAAAGUCACCGAUCUCUUGCGAGAGGUUAAAUACCAAUGCACGGGAGAAGGAGUGAAUUAUUUCGAGCCGUUACACAUUCAAUACUUACCAGUGCGAGGCAACACCAUUCAAACCAUCACAGCAGAAGUGUCCGAUCACAAUAAAGGGGAAUUGGUUAAAUUCGGAGAAGGAGACACUAUAGCGACAACACAUUUUAAACAGCAAUCAUGA